AACUGCAUUUUUACAUCAAAAGCUAAGAAUGGGACACUUCCAGCCCACUUACUUAGACUCAUUAGCAGUGGUCCUAAAAUUGACAGGUAUGUCUCUGAGCUGCUAUGCCUUCAGGAGACAUGAUCUGUGGUGAGGACAUGCUUAUAGAAAAGCAGUAGCUACUAUAUAUUGUAUAGCUACUGCUAUAGUAAACUAGCUACACUCAACUGGCCAAAUAGCUAUACAUGGCUAGUGGCUAGCAUGUUGUGAGUUUCUGCUUAAAGAACAGUUAUUUCUAAAUGUUCCAAAAUCUGCAUGUAAGCUGACCUGUCUUGAAAUUUGCUGUGCCUUAUGGAGUGCAGGGUAGGGUUAGUGAUCCAAAUUUGGAGUCACUUGAACGAAAUGUUCCUUAAACAGAGGCUCUCCCCUUGAAAACAAACAAAUGUCUUUAAAUACGCAGAUUUUACCAAAAAAAAAUUUUGUACACCAAUCUUCUCAAAUGCUGAUGGAAUAAAGGAAUGGGGGAGAGGGUGCCCCACAGUGCUUGACAUUGACCCCCUCUGGUCACUGAUGUGAACUUUACUGUCCAGGGGACAUAGAGAAUGGAACCCACUCUGCAUAUUUUUGAAAUGCAUUUUCCUGAUUGCCCAACUUGGCGAACACAUCUUGCAGCCCUGCCUUAUUGUGUACAGCUGACCAUGCUAGCUGCAUGCACCAAAUGUAUUCCUGCCUGAAGUAGACAGGGGUUUUGGAUCUUUUGGGCCUGUGAGGAGCAGCAGUUCUGUGGACGCAGCUACGGAACAGAUGUAGAAACAUGAACGUCUAUGAGAAAAUUGCACAGGGGAUGUAGGAGAAGUGGUACAACAACAAUGCCGUGUGAAAACCAAGGAACUCUGGCAGGCACAUCAGAAGGCCAGGGAGGCCAACGGUCCAUCUGAUACCAAGGCACAGACCUGCUGGGUUUACAGUGAGCUCUAUGUCAGAAUUGGUGGAGACCACACCAGCACGCUGCAGAGAACUGUAGAUACCUCAGUGGCACCAGAGAGACAGAGUUCUGUGAACAGCCAGGAGGAUGGGGGACAUGUGAGGGUCCAGCGAUGCCACAUAUGAGGGAUCUGUCUGAGAGUCCACUGCAGUCUAGUCAAUCUCAGCAGCUGAGCAGAAGCAAGUGUGAUGCUGGGAAGGAACCUCCGCUGCUGCUGUGGUGUUGAGAGGUCCUCCCUAUGCACCCCUGGAAUUCCUGGACAGGAGGUGAAAGAAGAGGAUAUGUGCAAAGAGAUUCUGCAAGCCAGUGCUGCAUUGGAUCAUGAAAAGAGGGUUGAAUCCCUGCAGAUUUCGAAUAGGUGACCAAGAAUUUGAUUCAUUACCGUCUUUAUUGGAAUUCUACAAAAUACACUAUUUGGACACUACAACUUUGAUAGAACCUGUUUCCAAAUCCAGACAGAAUAGUGGAGUUAUACUGAGGCAGGAAGAGGCUGAAUAUGUGCGAGCUCUCUUUGACUUUAAUGGAAAUGAUGAGGAAGAUCUUCCAUUUAAGAAAGGAGACAUACUGAGAAUCCGGGAUAAGCCUGAAGAGCAAUGGUGGAAUGCAGAAGACAGCGAUGGAAAGAGGGGAAUGAUACCUGUUCCUUACGUGGAGAAGUAUAGACCUUCCUCUGCUUCAGUAUCUGCUCUGAUUGGAGGUAACCAGGAUAGUUCCCACCCACAGCCACUGGGUGGGCCGGAGCCAGGGCCCUAUGCCCAACCCAGCAUCAACACUCCGCUCCCUAACCUUCAGAAUGGCCCUAUUUAUGCCCGGGUUAUCCAGAAGCGAGUCCCUAAUGCCUACGACAAGACAGCCUUGGCUUUGGAGGUCGGUGAGCUGGUUAAGGUCACAAAGAUUAAUGUGAGUGGUCAGUGGGAAGGCGAGUGCAAUGGUAAACGUGGUCACUUUCCGUUCACGCAUGUCCGCCUGCUGGACCAACAGAACCCCGAUGAGGACUUCAGCUGAGUGUGGCUCAACAAUUUUCCUUACAGAUGGGAACGGUCUCACUGUAUUUUACUGCAGCUGCCAUUUAGACUGUGUUCCUACAGAUGUUGAAAGGAGUUUUGCGUAUACAAGCAUUCUGAUACCUGCAAACCCAUGGGACUGAACACCACCAUUCCUUAAUCAAGACUUGUGUUAUUCAGGGUACGAAACUAAAUAACCUGUGUGUCAAAUGGCAGAACUAGUACAUGAUAGCUGAUAAUAAUGCCUGCACUGUACCUUACUUGCAGCAGCAGGUAGAGAAAGCAGCAAUACAUCUGUUGAUUAGAGUUUUAGCUUUCUCCAUUCCCAUUGCUUAUGUUGCUGCUUCCACAGGCAAUGCAAAUCAACCUUAGAAAAUUCAAUGUAUAGGUAGGAAUUUCACAACCAGUUAAUCCUGGAGCUUUUGCCUUUGUUUUCAUUCUUACUUUCUUUGCCCUAAUGUUUUGCACCAUGCAAAUAAUCUUUUUAGAUGUAGAACAUACAUUGGGAUAGCUUUGUGAUUUACUGAUAACUACCAUUUCAAUGGUAAAUGAGAUCAAAUCCUCUUUCAGGGCUUCAGAAGAGUUUGAGGACACUAGAGAUGGGUUUCUUUAGUACUGUUGCUUCAAACUUUGCUAGUAGCUAACUUCAAGUUGAGAUGUUAUAUUAACACAUCCUGAUAUUUUUUUACCCAAAAAUACUGUUUUAAGGAAUUGUAGACCUCCAUACCAAUGCUGACAAAUACGUGCCUAGCACUUUACUCAUUAAUUCAUAAACAUACCAAAAUAUGCAGCAUUGCUCUGAAAAAGUGACAGAGAAUAUUAGCCAGUUGUAAGAGAGAAAAUUAAAUUAUAUUGGGACAGUUUCAUAACUCCUUUAUCCUUAGUGAAUAGUUUUAUUCAUUGGCAAGAGUAAAUCAGUGUAAAAUGUCUUGAACUAACAAACCAAAUAUUAUCUUUAUUUUAAAAUAACUUUUGGAACUGCUCUGCUUGUUUCCAUCUGUAAAGCAUUUGAUGGUAAAUUCAUGAGAAGGUUUUAUUUGUAAUAAACUAAUAGAAAAUACUUACGUGCUUCUGGACUGAUUAUAAAAAGGCAUAAUAAAGUAAACUACUACUUCAUAGCUAAUGAUAAAAAUCAGUUCAUUGACUAGGUUAUGUUAUGCACUACUUGAAUCUUCAACUUUUUCUACUAAUCAUUCUCAUUUUUUUAACAUUAAAAUCAGAAUGGAAGCAGUAAUUUUUGUAAAUUAAAACAAUGAAGUAACUAUCUCUUGCCUGUGUCUGUAAGUUCUCCAAAUACAGCGAUCUAGUGACACAAAUAUUCAAAGUUAUUUUGUAACAUUUGUGGCUACAUUUUAAACAGGAUUUUUCUAAAUGCCAUAAAGCUGAAAGACCUCUUAGACAUGAAACAAAUAGUUAAAUACCACUAGAAUGUCUCUGAACAGUUGUAAAUGUUUCAAGGGCUAGCUCCUAUGAAAGAGGCUACUGCUGAGAGGCAUGGGUCCAGAAAAUAGAAUACUGAUAACACUUUACCUCAAAACUAUUACAUGCUGGAAAGAAUAAAACUGUUACGUACUUCCGCUACCUUAGAACUAAUUGAUCAGUAUAUCCAAUUUUCAGGUAGGGGCAGAUUACUGUAGAUAAAUCCUAAUAAACAUUGAUUUUUUUUUGUAAAGUAUCACUAAACCCUCUGUAGAAAACUUACAACUCAUCUGUUUUUGUCAGUUCCUUGAUGGAGAGAAGUAAUUAAGUGACUGCAUUUCUAAUCUAACUUGAUAUUCUAGUUGGGAUGCUAUGGCGUCAGUCCUUGACUAUGGGACUGCUUCUGAGUUAGUACUGAAUGUGCUUAAAGAUGAGCUAAUCAUGGGCUGUUAAAAUGUUAGUUUCUUAACAUUUAAUUCAUAUUUUUUCCUGAUCUUGCUACUUAUGGGAAUUGAAUACUUGAUACAGGCAAUCUCUAAAUUUGGUAUCUUUACAUAAGAAUUAAUUGCUCAUAGAUUAUAUAUUUUUCAUCACCUUUUGCCAAAAAAAAAAGCAAGCGAGUUAUGUUCUCAGUAAGGUAACACAAUGUAGUCCAUUUCAACUGAUUCUUCCAAUCAUAAUUAAAUCAUCCUGCACAUGCUUAGUCAUGCCUACAAGAUUCCACUCCCGAACUUUUGUGGAUAACAGAGUUUCCUUUAAGGAAAUACAUGGGCUUAAUACGCAGGUUAUAUUUUAACAUGGGGAGGUGGUAUAACAGAAUUUUUAUUGCUAAAUAAAUGCCCUAUACAAUCAUUUAAACUAAAGAAUGCAAACAUAUUACUAUGUAGCUAUGUGUUUGUGAAGCCUAUAUAAUUGAAAAUACUUUACAUUUAUUAUAACCUGUGACAGAGCAGAAAAACAAUCAUCCCCACAAAAGUCUUAAUACCUGCUGUUAUUCUAGAAGCAUAAGUUCUUGUGAAACAGCUUUUCUUAGCUACCUAAUAUACUAAGUUUUCAAAUGACAUAUAAGUUUGUUCAUCAGCUAACAGGCCUACAGGAUAAGUCUGCAUUUGUACAAGAUAUUGAUACUUCAACCUCUCACCAAGGUCUUAAACCAGGAAAGAUAAAAUUGAAUGAUUCAUAAAUAUGUAGAUUGAAUUGUUUUAUGGCCUUUGUUCCCUCUUUUGCGCAACUUCCUACACCCCCCCCAAAAAAAACCUGAUUAAUACGACAGUUAGUAGUCAUUCAAGUUUUAGUUGUUUCUCUCAGUAUUUGGGUUUAUUGUGCAUAGGCAGGUGCUAGAAUUAGAAUAAUUAUGGUUUCUAGAAAUACACCAUGAAAAGCAGAACGCUCAACUACACUGUGUUCUCCUAGAGCAUUUUCACAUUAUAUUACACUAAACGAAGUACAACUUGGCUGCUAUUUUUUAAUAUGUAUUUCAUUUCCAUAAAUCCCAGACUUUUAUACUAAUAUAUGACCUUGUUCAAUCUUGUUAAUCUGUUUCAAUUGUACUUGUUAAUGCAAAUAUUUCUAAUCAUUUGAGUAAAACACUUCAUGUUCUUAAUGGUUUUUUGGGGAAAGAUGCUAAGCAAACCAGUUUGAAGUAAAAAUAUACGAACACAUGCCAUUGUAUUAUAACACUAUACACUUUCUUGACAGUUAAAUUUUACUUUUUUAUUUUUUGUAGCAUGUAAUGUAUAUGUUCAUAGUAUGUGAAGUAAAUAAAAAAUAUAGCCAAAAAA